AUGGCAACUCCAACGCCUAUGAGGCAUGCGCCCUCGCAGCAGGGCCGCACACCGUCCCAUCAAGGCCCGACGCCGUCGCAAAUUGCCGGUGCAACGCCGCCCAUCUCGACGCCCUUCUCCAAUCCCGCCCAGGCUGCAUUUUCUCCUCGUGGACAGCGAUCGUCGCCGCAACAGGUCAAGAAGUCACCGGCGACAUCUACGUUGAUGGGCCAAUCCGGCAUGGGCGCUCUGAACUUUGACAGUCCCUCGACUGCCGCCGCCAUGGGGGCACUGGGCAUUGGCGGCAGUUUUGAUAUCGGCCUCGAUAAUGUCGGCGUCGGCGGGCUGGACACACUGGGAGUCACGUUUGCUACUGAAGACGAUAAACUUAAGAGAUUGGAUAGUAUCCUUAAGCUCUUGAAUCAAAAGAAAGGGUUCGUCAGCGAAGCAGGCCUGGAACGGCUUGCUCAGCGGCUUGGCCUCGAGCUUCUAUCCGAGGAACAUACCGCCGCAGACGGACGCAAGACGAAAACGUUGGCUAUUGCGGGUUCUGCCAUUGCCGUCGAUAUAGUGCUGGACAACAACAUUGUGCAAAACGUGUCGCUAGCCUACCAUGGCUCGGCAGCCUCAGUUUCCACGCAUAUGGAGGCGGCUAGUCAAAUCCUGUUGGCAGACUUGAAGCUUGGUCCCAACCAGAGUCCCUUGACAAAGACUCUGGAUAAAUUCGCGUACAACUUUGGCCACAUUGCCAACCUGGACAAGCUGAGCAUCAUCCCCGGCCUCGACUGCUACGAGGCUUUGGCAGGCAUCUUUACCAGCUUAGAAAGGUUGCAUCACUGGGACAUUGCGACUUUGCGGAAGGAGACGGAGAUGGCUGGCAAGUCGGAUCAGUACCUGUCUCUGGCUGCCUUGUGUACCAGACACGGCUAUCCCGUUAUGCAUGCACGAAAUAAAGUCGGCCUCGCUUUGCAGUACUGGAAGGAGUUGCGAUUUGUGCCCUCUUCAGACGGCAAGGCCUUGGUCUUUUCUGAGAACGAAAAGGUUUGGUCGCUUCUACUUGAUUGCGCGCCUCUCGAAACACUUGGCCUGUCACCCGUCAGAGUAUCCGAGGACUGGAUUUCCAAGGAUGUGGUAAAACCGGACAGCGAGCAACAGAAUCAAGCACUGCGGCCUCACAGCCUCCCCAUCCUUGACUGGCAAGAACCAGAGAACAUCUCACUCCCUUCAUCGGAUGAGAAUAAGAACUCGGGCAUGGAUGAACUAUCGAUGCAUCUCCCAACGCUGCCUCAAGUUACAUUCACAGUUACUUUUGAUCCGCCUGUCAUCCUUCCGCAGAAUGACUGCAUCAGACUCUACUCUUAUGUGAAUUCCACACCUCCCAACCCAAGUCCUUCGGCCGACUUUGGCCAGCGCCCUCUACCUCCGCCAACAUUCGAUGACUUGUUCUUCCCCAUAUCAGCAGGAAACAAGCAGGACCCCAGUGAAUCUAGGACGAUUACACGCCUUCGCGACGUUCGUGUCUUUGACCGGCAGGGCAAGUCAUUCACCCGAAGUCACCAUAACACACUCUUCAUCUACAAGCCAAUCUACUCCCAGGAAGUCACAGAAAUGUCUUUUUCACAUCCGCGUCAACUCAUUGACAUGCUUCCUCUCCUCCGACAGUUCGCCUUCCUUUCCAUAUUGCUGAACAAUAGCUUCGGGUCGGAAACAAAGGAGAGCUCGCCCAAGUCUGUCAAAGCGUCAUCGGCUCCUGCUACUACCAAGACAGUCAAGGAUGAGCUGGGGGCGUUCAUGGCGUCAAGUGAUGAUGAGGGACAAAAUGAUAGAGAAGAAGAACAAAAGGUGAAGCAGGAAGCAGGUUCAAAAACCAGCAACGGCGAAAAGAGAAACGGCCAAGAUAUGGACAUUGAUGUCAUAUUAUGGGUUCAUCCAUCACCAUAUCUUCAGGUCGUCUUCCCUGUCAAGGACUCUACCAUUGACAUUACGCUGCGUAUUCUAGAAGGAGGCGUGGUGGAGAUUGUCAACGAGAACAUUAUUGAACAGCAGGCGGCAACUGGAAAGGGCAAGGUGCUCAACAGACAGGAUCUCGGAAAGGUGCUUGAACGGCUCGAGGAUCUGUGCAAGUGGGCUGAAUGGAUUCGCACGCGCCUUUGUUGA